AUGGACAAUUGGAAAAAGGCAAAAGAGAUAUUUGUUGCCCAUGAGUCUGCAAGAUAUCACAAAGAUUGUAUAUGUGCCUACGAAAAUUUGGAGAAAAUACAAAAAGGGGUUCAAGAAGAAGUUAUAGAUUUACUGGAUGAAAAAAGACAAGACACAACAAAAUCGGAAAAAAGACAAGAACAAGCAAAGCAAAAUCGGAAUAAAAUUCGGCCGAUUAUAGAAGCAAUUAUAUUAUGUGGUCGUCAAGAAAUGUCGUUAAGAGGACGCACAGCUACGGGAAACUCUGAAAAAGUCAAAAAAAAAAUAAACAAGGCAGAGGCGUUUGCUAUUCUUGCCGACGAAACAACAGAUAUUUCUGCAGUCGAACAAGUUAGCAUAUGUGUAAGAUACGUGAGUGAUAAUAACAACAUAAAUGAAGAUUUUUUACAGUUUAUUCCAGCUGAUAGUUUGACAGGUGAAAAUUUAUCAAACACAAUCUUAAAUAGCCUGGAAAGUUUUGGCGUGGAUUUAAACUACUCGGUGGGGCAAGGGUACGAUGGAGCCAGUAACAUGUCUGGAAAAUUUAAUGGAGUGCAAAAAUGUAUUCGACAAAGAUGUCUAAAGGCUAUUUAUAUACAUUGUGCUGCACAUUUAUUAAAUCUGGCCAUUUCCAAAGCAUGUGAGGUUCAACAAAUAAGAAAUUGUCUUGGAGUUAUUGAAAAACUAUAUACUUUUUUUAAUACUCCAAGGCGCAAAAAUGUGGUUUUAAGUAAAAUCAAAGAAUCAAAUGAACAUCCAUCUGCAAAAACCCUAAAGAGAUUAUGCGCAACUCGAUGGAUAUCCAAAUAUGAAGCAGUGCAAGACUUCAUGGAACUUCACAAAUACGUCGUUGAAAGCUUGGAAGAUAUAUCUGCUUGGAGGGAUUCUGGGGAUGCACCAGUUUUGCGUAAUAGUCUUUUUGAUUCCGACUAUUUAAUAGGCCUCCAAGUAGUUAACCAGAUCUUUAGUUUUGGUUUGCCACUGUCGGGUUCUGCAAAAAGUGGACAUUGA